AUGAAUCAUCUCCUGGAUGAGUUCAAGGGUCUGUAUGAGGAGAGGUUGAGACUCCUGGAUUUUGACACCAGUUUUAAACCAGUUUGACACCAGGAGGACAUUUUACAGGCAAUAUUAAUAGCUAGCUAUCUGCCUGCAUGUGAGUGUGAAGUACAUAGCCUCUGCCAGGAGUUCAGAAUCUUUAUGGCACAAGUGGCUGGUACGGUUGCUGCUGGUUUAAGACUUGUGAACUGUCUCCAACAGUAUCUGGCGUUAUAUCAAUUCACUUAAUAAACUGAGUAUACCAAACUUUAGGAACACCUUCCUUUUUGCCCUCAGAACAGCCUCAAUUUGUCGGGGCAUGGACUUUACAAGGGGUCAAAAGCUCCAAUGCUUCCCACAGUUGUGUCAAGUUGGCUGGAUGUCCUUUAGAUGGUGGACCAUUCUUGAUACACACAGGAAACUGUUGAGCGUAAAAAACUCAGCAGCGCCUGGCACCUACUCCCAUACCCUGUUCAAAGGCACUUACAUUUUGUGUCUUGCCCAUUCACCCUCUGAAUGGCACACAUACACAAUCCAUGUCUCAAUUUUCUAAAUUUUCUUUAACCUGUCUCCUCCCCUUCAUCUACACUGAUUAAAGUGAAUUUAACAAGUGCCAUCAAUAAGGGAUCAUAGCUUUCACUUAAUUUCUUAAUUUUUUCAUUAUGUGUGUAUUGUUUUGUAUUGCUAGGUAUUACUGCGCUGUUGGAGCUAGAAAACAAGCAUUUCCUUGGACUUGGGAUAACAUCUGGAAAUCUGCGUUCAUGACUUUGAUUUGAUUUGAUUCCCAUAACAAUAGAGCAGGGGAUUGAAAUAUACAGCCUGCGCGGGGGUCCAAUCCAGCCCGCGGGUGGUUUGAGUAAAAGAUAAACGGUAUACUUUAAAAAGUCUAAAAUCAAAUGAAAACUGUGUAGAAAUGAUAAUGGACCUACAUUUAUGCAGUUUCUUGACUGUGUCCAGCUCGCUAAUAAUUACCUAAAUAAAAGCUAGACAGUCAAUGAGCAUCGGAAAUUCAAAAAAACGAUGGAAAGAGGAAAAAAUAAAUGCCAAUUUUGCCAGCGAGGAAAUAUAACACAUUUUCAGUGCAGCCCUUCCGGAUCUCGUUGAAGAUCGAAUGCGUUCCCAGGGGAAAAGUUAGUUUGACACCCCUUCCAUAGAGCAAGCUGGGGAGUUAUAUCAAUUCACAUAACACUAGAGCAAGCUGGCAACAUAGCCAGGCAGCCACUUGGACAUGGCCACUCAACUUCCUGUAUUAGUUCUCCCUCCUCUGUCAACUCCUUCUCUGUAACCAAACACAACUAUAUCUGCAGUGAGCACGAUCAUGAUGAUCAUUGCUAGACAAAUGACAGAGGGAAGCACAGAGCUGGUUUUAUGAAGCCACAGCACUUGUAACAGGUGGGCAAUUACAUUAGUCGUCCAUCUGAGCAGCCGAAACAGAGACGUGGACCGGCAGCCAUGUUUAAAAGCCUUCUAAUCAUCAUGUGAGACCAUUUAGACACAGCCUGUAAGUCAGGGGGCUGUACAUCAAAGGAAAUGUAACAAGGUUUCUGAGAUGGGCUUUGGUCAACUGGUCCGGUACUUGAGAUACCUAACGACGUUAGCCAUUUGGAACUCAGGAGCUCUCAAGAGCUUUAAUAUUAAACCCAGUUGGUCUCAACCCAAGACGACCUCCAAAUUCUGGCUCAAUGUGUGACCGACUGGGUUUAAACCUGCUACAGGACUGUGUUAGCCGCUGAGCUAAAGCCUAGGCCUCAUGCAUGGUUCACCAAACCACUUCCAUUACAUAUAUGAUGCUUUUUCAUCUGUGUAGUAUACAGGCAAAACAUAGCCUAUUUAUUACUUAGGCUAUUUAUAACAACAUUGUAAGAUAUUUGAGAAUCAUGAUUAAGAUUGAGAGAAUGAGGUUGGACCUAGAGCUAGACCAUAAAUACAGUAGGAAGAUCAGCAGCGUGUCUCUGGACUGUCGGUCAAUAGAGGGCCUACUGUGCACCUUUAUAAAAUAACAUGUUAACACACUAUUAACAACAACAUAACAAACACAAGCAGUUGACGUCAAGCCAACCAGAACUUUUCAGAUUCAUUGUGUAAACAUAGUGAUGGUUACCAUAGUGACCUUAUGGUAUUGUAUACGUGUAUAUUGUAUUGUUCAAAUCACAGGAGUAGAAUACCAUACGUUGACGUUCUGCUCUCCUGAGAGAGUUUUAAACACACACUCACACACACCAGUAUUGCUUUAUGGGAAAGGUCAUGGGUUCAUUUCAGUUUUUAUGUAACUCUACACUCUUAGAAAAACUUAAGGGGUUCCAUAUAUGAAGCAAGCAUAGAACCCUUUUUGGUUCUAUCCAGAGCCUUUUUUCUAGGAGGUCAAGAGGUCAAAGAAACGUAAUUCUUCGUAUACAUUUUACUUAAAAUAUAUAUGUAUUUUUGUCCUUCUUUCCUGUAUCUCUACUCAGUGACAUUUAGAUUUUUCAACUGAAUGAAUCAACAAUAGUUGGAUCCUUCUCAGGUAUAAUGUUAUUAUGUUUUCAGAGAGCAGCAUAGCUAGCAGUGUGCUGUUAGCCAGAGACAGCAGCCUUCAUAACCCCUGAUCAUGUGGAUUACACACCUUGAUACAUUAAAUAUUAAUAAUAUCUCUCUCAUCGUCUUGUUAGUAACCUCUGUUUAACAUGCACAUAGCUGAUAGAUCGUUUUUUUAAUAAUUCAUGGAUAACCAUCAAAUUAAUAACUUCUGUGUAUUUGUAUUGAGUGGUGUUUUUUCUUGAGGGGUAAACUAACUCUUUUGACUUACAGGCUACAUUCCCAUAUGCUCGUUGUUUUAGUUGAUGAGUUGAGUUGUGAAGAUGACCAGCCCUUCAUCGAUUGUCUAACAAAUACCAAAACAAUAUGGAUGAACAUACGCCUGUGUGAGGGUUACUUGUUCCUCAAAGCCAUAUAUAAUUGGCAGAAUUCUCAUCUCAGAAUGCACAUUUUUAUAAAGAUUCCAGUCUCGUCUCCAUCCACUAAGAAUAGUCUCUUCUUUCCCCUUGCCUUUGCCUAGCUAUGGGCCAGUACAAGCUUCUGUUCUCUGUGUUAGGCCCAUUUAUCGCUGCACCAGCUUUAACAUCUGCUAAACUGUGUACGUGACCCAAAGCCUUUUAUUUAAUUUGUUCUAUUGUCCCACAAUACUAACAUACUCUUUAGAUACUUUUAAAAAAGUUGUAAUAUUCCAGGAACAAUACCAUUCCUUACUCAACAGCGUAUAGAUAUACAACUCACAACAGCAUGUAGUAACCUAACAAACGGACUGCAGAGGACUAACAGUACAUUAUUCUGGUUUAUUACUCAGGUAACUAGAUUUGCAGUCAUCUAGCGAGGUCUAAAGUUCUGUUGAUGUUCCCUAGUCUCCGUAAAGUGGAUCCGGUGGUGGAAUUAGAUUGUCGGUAAGAAAUUCACUGUCUCCCUAGUAUAUUAAAUACUUGUCCCCUGACUGUUGUAAGCAUCGCUCUUCUAAUGUCCAUAAUUGGUCAUUAAAUCCAUUGCAGAACAUGUAGAGCUACUUAUGUGCUAUUCUAUAAUGUAAACUAUGCAAUGAUCAGUGUAAUAUGAGAGGCAAUGCCUGAUUGAAUGGUUGUAAUAUAUUUUCUCAUUUUAGAAACAGUAAGGCUGUGUUCUAAUGGUUUUAAUAGAGUUUUCUGCUCUGUGGUGAUUUGUGAAUGAGCUAAACAUCAAUUCACUCUCUCCAUACUUCAGUCAAUUACUGAAGCAGCCUAUUUUCUGUGCUAGAGUUUGUAUACAUGUUUAACAAGGUGUUAGUGUGUAAUUUGUAUGGGAUCUGUGUGGUUUUAGGAUCCAGUGGAUGAAGUCUACAUCUCUGUGUGGUUUUAGGAUACAGUGGAUGAAGUCUACUUCUCUGUAUGGUUUUAGGAUCCAGUGGAUGAAGUCUUCUUCUCUGUGUGGUUUUAGGAUCCAGUGGAUGAAGUUGACUUCUCUGUGUGGUUUAACCCUCCCGUUGUCCUAGGGUCAAAAUGACCCACCACUGUGUUGAACCAACUUUAUUUAAUUUUUAUAUUUUUUGGAUCAUUUGGAGAAGGAGGCAGUGAUACUUUCUUUAAAGUCUCACUGCCUCCUUCUCACAAAUGAUCCCAAAAAUAUAAAAAUUAAAUAAAGUUGGUUCAACACAGUGGCGGGUCAUUUUGACCCUAGGACAACGGGAGGGUUUAGGAUCCAGUGGAUGAAGUUGACUUCUCUGUGUGGUUUAAGGAUCCAGUGGAUGAAGUUGACUUCUCUGUGUGGUUUUAGGAUCCAGUGGAUGAAGUCUACUUCUCUGUAUGGUUUUGUCAGGAUCUGGAGCAGCGGAGGAGGGUUAUGGAGGAGAGUGUGUGUAGUCUACAUUCUGAAAACCAGGACCUGAAGACUGACAUGGACUCCCUGGACCUAAGUCAUAAUGUCUCUCUUUCUUUCUCUCUUUCUGUGUCCUCCCAGCUGUCUCUCACCCUCAUUGUCUCUCCAUCUUCCUCUCUCACUCCUAUCCCUCUCUUUAAAAACAAACACUAUAUAAACGCUCAUUUUCCUCCACUGAACAUAGUUGCGUGUGUGUGUUAGUGUGUGUUAAUUCCCUCUGAUUGGCCCUGCCCAGGGGGCAGCAAGGGGCAGUCCAGAGAUCACUGAGGGAUCAAGGGAGAUUAGAGCAGAUCAUUAGGGAUCAGUCAAUCACACUUUGAUUUGUUGAUGUUGACCACUGAUCACUCCCACUUUCUCACCCCAGAAUUCCCUAUCCCCAUCCCAUCCUAAUUCCCAUCCCCAUCCCCUCCCCAUCCCCUCCCCAUCCCCAUCCCCAUCCCCAUCCCCAUCCCCAUCCCAUCCCAUCCCAUCCCCAUCCCCAUUCCCAUUCCCCAUCCCCUUCCCCAUCCCCAUCCCCAUCCCCUUCCCCAUCCCCAUCCCCUUCCCCAUCCCCUUCCCCAUCCCCAUCCCCUUCCCCUUCCCCUUCCCCUUCCCCAUCUCCAUCCCCAUCCCAAUCCCCAUCCCCAUCCCCAUCCCCAUCCCCAUCCCCAUCCCAUCCCCUCCCAUCCCAUUCCCAUCCCAUUCCCAUCCCAAUCCCCAUCCCCCAUCCCCAUCCCAUCCCCACCCCACCCCCACCCCCCCAUCCCCAUCCCCAAUCCCCAUCCCCUCCCCAUCCCCCAUCCCCACCCCCAUCCCCCAUCCCCACCCCCCAUCCCAAAUUCCCAUCCCCCAUCCCCAUCCCCAUCCCUCCCCAUCCCAUCCCAUUCCCACCCCCAUCCCAUUCCCAUCCCCAUCCCUUUCCCCCACCCCCCUUCCCAUCCCCAUCCCUUCCCAUCCCCAUCCCAUUCCCCUUCCCCUUCCCCUUCCCCAUCUCCCUCCCCAUCCCAUCCCCAUCCCCAUCCCAUCCCCUUCCCCUCCCCUUCCCCAUCCCCACCCCCUUUCCCCCUUCCCCCCCCUUCCCCUUCCCCAUCCCCCCAAAUUUUCCCCAUCCCAAUCCCCACCCCCCUCCCAAUCCCCCAUCCCCAUCCCCCAUCCCAUUCCCAUCCCAUUCCCCCCCACCCCAUCCCAUCCCCAAUCCCCAUCCCCAUCCCCAUCUCCAUCCCCAUCCCCAUCCCCAUCCCAUCCCCAUCCCCAUCCCCAUCCCCAUUCCCAUCCCCAUCCCCAUCAACUCUGUAGAUCCCAUAGAUCAUAUUAGUCCCUGGCACCAGCCAUCCAUAGAGUAA